UCACAUGGCGGUGUCUUCAGUUUUACGGGCACUUGGGACGCAGAUUACAUAAUCCCCACCAAAAUCCUUGAUAUAAACACCACAUCAACAGGUUGGCUGGAAGGGGCCGCGACGGGAUUCAACGUAAAUCUGACUGGAAAAGUCAACUCCCUCAAUGGUCAUCUGCAGCUGGAAAUGAGCGAAUGUAAAAUGGAACUUGACCGCCUUGACUAUUAUUCUAACGGCACUGGAUUUAUGCCUGACAUAUUGAAUGUUAUGCGUGGCCCGGUUGAGAAAAUAAUUAAGUUCCAAAUCAGAAAACUGGUAUGUACUGCAGUAAAAGCUCAGUUGAUUCCCGUCAACCUGGUGUUACGAACUCUGCCGCUUCAUUUACCACUUUUUGGUUUCCACGUUAACUAUGCACUUGACCAGCCAGCAUAUACAGAUAAUUAUUGCGAUCUUACGGGUUCAUUUAAAGUGACUUACCGCGACCAGGUCAUCGAAGUCUAUGUUGUUGGGAAGUCUGAACUGAAUGAAUUGGAAUGA